CUGAAUGGUUACGCGAACGGCCAGGUGAACGGCCAGGUGAACGGGAAGGUGAACGGCCAGGUGAACGGGAGGGUCAACGGCCCGGUCAAUGGCCAGGUCAAUGGCCAGGUCAAUGGCACGGUCAACGGCCAAGUUAACGGUCAGGUCAACGGCCAAGUCAAUGGCGAUGUCCACGCCCAAGUCAACGGCAAGCCCAACGGCCACGUCAACGGCCAAGUCAACGGCGAAGUCAACGGCCAGGGACCUACGAUGGGGCAGUACGAGUACCCGUUUCCGGACGUGAUGUCAUGGGCGUGGGACGGAGACAGCAGCGCCUGGAGCCACUUCGAGAACGAAAACGCUCCGUCCGGCCAGCAGCGCCUGAGCGACGAUGGGAACGGAAAUGUUGAUGCGCACGAGACAAAGCAUGGUGAGUCCGGCGCCGGCGCCGGCGGGCGCGGAGCGGCUGCUGCUGCUGCUGCUGCUGCUGCUACGGAAGCGGGGAAUGCGGAAGGGGCGCUUGAGGUUGCGCGCGCGGUUGCGCUGCGGGCUGUAGCGCGGAUGGUGGCGGUACUGGCGGUGUUGCGGUCCGCGUUGCCGUAUGGCAGCUGGUGGCGCAUGGAGGGGAACGCGGAGAAGAACAUGGGGUACGAGGCGGCGGCCGGUGAGGGGAAGGGGGAAGGCGGAGCGGGGGCGGCGGAAGCUGAGGGUGUGGGGAGCCUGGGAGAUGCUGGUCGCAAGCUGUGGCGAUUCUGUGCUCCGGAUAAGGGACUGGUGGUGGUGGCGUUCGUCUUUUUGUCGCUUGCCGCGAUAUCGGAGGUGACGAUCCCGCAUCUGCUUGCGUCGACCAUCUUCGCGGCGUCUAACAACAUGGGCGCGCAGUUCGCGCACAACGCCAAGCUGCUCGUCGCGCUCACGCUCGCCUGCGGGGCCUUCAGUGGGCUGCGCUCCUUCUGCUUCACGGUGCUCAACAUGCGCAUGGUGUGCCGCAUGCGAGAGGCACUCUUCUCUACCAUCAUGCACCAGGACGUGAGUUUCUUUGACAAGGAGUCGGUGGGCGACCUCACUUCACGCUUAGGCGCGGACUGCCAGCAGGUGGCGCAGAGCACAGCGGGGGACGUCAACGUGAUGCUGCGCAACGCGCUGCAGGGGGCGGGCGCCAUGUGCUUCCUGCUGCGCCUCUCCUGGCGCAUGGCGCUCAUCUCCGCGGGCCUCUGCGCCCUCAUGUGGUGCUGCCUCGUCGCCUAUGGCAGGUUCCAGAGAGAGAGUGCCCGCCUCAUCCAAGACACUGUUGCAUCCGCCAAUGAGGUGGCAGAGGAGACCAUUUCACUGGCUCGUGUGGUCCGCACUUUUGGCACGGAGCAGCAGGAAGUCAACAGGUACAAGGUGCCACUGCAGCGCCUGCAGCAUGUGGGCCUCAGGCGCUCUGUGGCGUAUGGCAUGUGGAACUUCGGUGGCAACACCAUCUACAAUGCCACUCAGGUCCUCGCUAUAAUCAUGGGAGGCAGUGCAGUGAUGUCGGGCGCCAUCACAGCAGAGCAGCUCACGCAGUUCAUUCUGUAUGCCGAGUGGGUUGUGCACGCCACCUGGUGGGUGGGCGACCACUGGGCGUCCCUCAUGGACUCCCUGGGCGCCUGCAGCCGCGUCUUCCAACUGCUGGACCUGCCAUCCUCACCACAGCUCGCGAAGACACAAGGUUUACAGAUGCCAUGGCUGCAAGGCAAGAUAGAGUUCCGAGAUGUGUCCUUCCGAUACCCAACCCGCCCUGAGGCCUCCGUGCUGUCCCAUGUGAAUCUCACCAUCAAUCCCGGCGAGCUGGUGGCGCUGGUGGGGCUGAGUGGCAGUGGGAAAAGCACUCUCGUGGGGCUGCUGCAGCAGCACUAUGAACCCACACACGGAGAGAUUCUUUUGGACGGUGUUCCUAUAAAGGAGUUUGACACUAAAUGGCUGCGCGGGCAGAUGGGGGUAGUCAGCCAAGAGCCACGUCUCUUCAGCACAGACGUGGCAGCAAACAUUUCGUAUGGCUCAGGCAGCCGAAAAAAGAGCCACGAGGAGAUCACACGCGCGGCCUGCGCGGCCAACGCGCACGAUUUCGUUUCGGAGCUUCCCGAGGGGUACGCGACAGUGGUGGACAACUCGCGGCUGAGCGGCGGGCAGAAGCAAAGAAUCGCGAUUGCCCGGGCGCUGGUUCGUGACCCGAAGAUACUGAUUUUGGAUGAGGCGACGAGUGCGCUGGAUGUGGAAAGUGAGAGGAACGUGCAGGGGGCACUGGAUGAGGCGAUGAAGAGGGGGAAGAAUGGCCGGCGCGAUCGUACCGUCAUUGUGAUUGCACACAGGCUGUCUACGAUCCAGGCAGCAGACCGCAUCGUGGUGAUGGCUCAUGGCAGGAUAACAGAGGUGGGCACACAUGCACAGCUCAUGGCCAAGGGUGGUGAAUACGCAAGGCUGUCCGCCUGUUCCCCAGCAUUUCUCCCCCACCUCUUACCUCUCGCCUUCGUCCCCCUUCCCCGCUCAUACCACCAAACCUCCCCCUUCUUUCAACACACCCCCGCCGCUUCCCCCGAACCGGCGCAAGGGGAGGGGGACGGGGAGGGGGAAGGGGAUGGGGAAAGCGGGCGGGACGGGAGCGCGGACGCAGCUGCUAUGGAACGCCUGGGGCUCUUUCUUUCCAGCCUGCCCGCCGGGCAGUAUGAAGACCGCGGCAGCCCCACGGCCGCGCCUCCGUCCGCCUCGGGGGAGUCCAGCGGCGGAGUUGGGGGUCCCAGCGGAGCGUGGAGCGCGGGAGGCGGAGCGGGAGGCAGCAGCAGCACGGGUACGCACGGGCAGUCGGGUUAUUCCGCCAUGGCCACUGCGGGUUCAGGUGCUACUGGCCCGAGUUACACCAGUCCGGGUAUUCCAGGGGGAGGUUUUACUGGUGCAGGUUUAUCUGGGGCGCGCAGGGCUUCCCCGAAUAACUCCAAGCGGGACCUGCUUCCGCCCCCCGCGGGGGGGCAUAGCGGGGGGGCGGGGGGCGGAGGUGGUAGUGGGGGGAAUCCAUUGGGGGGGAACCCGAUGGCGCGGACGCGGUCGAGCCAGGAACCAGUGCGCCUGGUGCCCCAGAUGGGCAGCGCGGAGGAGAGCGCACAGGCGGGCGCUGCGCCUUCCCCCCUCCCCGCUACUGCAGGCGCGCUGGGGGCGGGACUUAGUGGGGCGGGGGGAGGCAGAGGCGGAGCUGUGUUGGCGCCGUCAUUGAGCUUUGCCAAUGGGGUUGGUUCAGGCAUGGGGGCAGUGGCGGCUGGUGGCGCAGGGGUAGGGGCUGGGACAGGAAUGGGAGCAGGGGCACCCGUAGGGGGUGGGGGAUGUACUGGCUCGGGUACUGGUGCUGCUGGUGGUGCAAGUGGGGCGAAGGAAAAGGAGAGCCUUCGCGUGCAGGCACUGAGUAAUGCCAUUCGGCACAACAGCCACGGCGGGGAGAAGGACAGAGACAGCCAUAGAGACAAGGAACCCCUAGGCCGCUCCACCACUCAGUACUCCGAAGAAGGGGGGUCAGCAGCAGCAGUUGCCGGAUCAGCUGUUGCUGCCACUGCUGGGUUCGGUGGGAGUGCGAGAGGCUUGGGAGGCGGUUUUGCUUCGGACACAGCUUCGGAUACGGCUGCAGGGCAGGUGCAUGGUAUGAGGGAUGGCAGCUUCCCCCCUUCUCCUGCUCCGGAUAAGUCGUGGUAUGCUGUGUCGCCAUUGGUGGAUUUUCACCCGGGGUCCAGCCCGCCGCCCCCUUUCAUGCCCGGGCAGAGUCCGCUGAGAGAUAGUGCUUUCAAGCUGCCCUUGCCUGCUGUGGGAGGGAAUGGGGCAGGUAAUUCCGGGCAUGAGGGGUUAGGGGAGAUUAGAACAGAGGAUGGGCAGAUAGGGGGAGGGGGUACGGGGGAUGGAGAAUUGUCUAUGGAUGGUGGAAAGGGAGUUGCAGCUGAGGGUUCUUCUCACGAGGAGGCUCCUUGUUCCAAGAGUAUGAAUUAG